UUAAAUUUCAUGGAAAGACAAUACCAAAACAGGGAACUGUACAGAAGAACCACACAAAUUGGACGCCAUGAAGUGAUAGUGCUUGCAGAAAGGGAUGAAGAAGAUAGGGAAGCAGCGAUCUUUAGGGCGGAAUAUGCUGAUGGAAUAGAGAGGGAUGGAGGGAUUUUUAAGUCGGCAGAUAUAUCAAGGGAAUUGCAAGUUGUUCUUCAGCUAGUCAUUGAGAAUUAUGGAGUAGUUCCAAGAGGAUCAGGUGAAGAGGAUCGUGAUGAUUUGAUUGAAGAUUAUGUAUUUAAAAAUAUUGAUUUUGGGAAUGAUAAUGAAGGGAGAGAAGAUUUGCAAGAUCUCAUUAGAAUUGUAUAUAAUAAAGAACUUGAUUGGGAAUUGAAUCUUGAUAAAUAUAUAAAGAUAAUUCGUAGACAAGAAAGAGACAAAAUACUAGAAACUAAACUUGGAUACCCAACACCAGAAGAACUUGAGGAAGACCACUUCUUGACUGUGAAAAGAUUUACAUUUGAGAACUGUAUUUUUCCUGAGAUCAGAAGUAGAAGGGAAGUAAGGUACUUAUACCCCACGGGGAUAGGAGUACUGGAUGAAGAAAUAAUAUUCUCAAAGGUAUACAGAUCCUUAUACUCCUUUACCUUCUUGAAUUGUUCAUUUAGAGGAGAGGCUUGCAUUACAUUGGGAUUUUUCUUAGAAAGAUUCCACAACCUCUCUGCUCUAUUUGUCAAGAAUUGUAAGAAGAAUGGGGAUUAUCAAGAUCCAGACGGAGUAUUCGUCCCACUCGAUGAAAUAGACCAUGCUGCAAUCAAGGUGAACCAUUGUCAGGUAGAACAACUGAUGGCCUGGCAUGAAGUGCAAUAAUUCA